AUGAUUGAGACGUAUUAUAUUUUGGCGGUACUGAGCUUGCUGAGUGCUGUUAUCUGCGAUGACUCGCAAACAUCGCUUUAUGGUACAUGGUCGUCGAAGUCGAACCAGGUAUUUACAGGACCGGGAUUUUACGAUCCAGUGGAAGAGCUACUGAAAGAGCCUUCGCUUCCAGGACUGUCGUUCUCGUUCACUGACGACCAGCACUUCGAAGAGGCGAUAUACCAGGUGAAAGCGAACCCAAGAGAUCCCCAGUGUCCAAUAGCAGUUUUGAUUUACCAGCACGGAACUUACGAGCUUCAAGAUAACGGUACAUUGACGCUGAACCCCAUCGCAGUGGAUGGGAGACAGUUGUUAAGUGACCCUUGCAAUGAUAACGGGACCUCUGUGUAUUCUCGCUACAACCAAACCGAAGUCUACAAGUGGUUCACGGUGCAGGUCAACGAUUACCAUGGGGUCUACGAGUUGCAACUGUACCAGUCGGACGGCUCACCCAUGCAGCCACUGUACUUGGCCUACAGACCACCUAUGAUGCUGCCAACCGAGACAUUGAAUCCUACAAACACCGGUAGCGGGAGCCAGCCAUCGGGGUCGAAACAAAAACGGUCUUUGAGAAGCUUGGUGAGACGCGGACUUGAAAAUAGACAUAAGACAAACGCUGUGAAGCGCAAUGAGUCUUUUGUCAGUAGUGCAUGGUUUAAAUGGGGGUCUCUGGGCCUCAUCGGGGUGGGGUCAAUUGCGUUUAUCAUCACAUAG